GAGCGGUGUCAAUAAAGUUCAUUCAAAAACUCUGCGCUGCAGCAAUGGCGGCUCCCAUGUCCUGGAGGAGGCUGGUGCACUCCGUGUACUCACCGGCCAUCGCCGGGGUCUUUACCCGAAUAUCAGACCGACUGUUCCGUGCAAGAGAUAGAAGAGGAGGCUCCUCCGUUCUCCUGCUGGCUCCUCUUCUGGCUGAAACCGACCCGGCUCCCCGUCGCGUCUCCAGGCCCACCGGGUCGACCGGAGCUCAGGGCACCGACGGUCUCUGCAGUCACUUCAGAUGGAUGGCAGAACACGUCCCGGCCUUCAGGGUGCCGGGAGCCCACGUCCACAUCCUGACCUCACCUGACCAGUUCUACCAGACCAUGAAGGCUCGAAUCAAGACGGCUCAGAAGCGAGUGGUGAUGGCCUCGCUGUAUCUGGGAACGGGUCAGCUGGAGCAGGAGCUGGUGGACUGCAUGGAGGAAGCGCUGCAGCGUUCACAGGAAAGCAGCCGUUCCCCCGACCUGAAAGUCUCCGUUUUGCUGGACUACACUCGCGGAUCACGAGGGCAGAUUAACUCGAGGACCAUGCUGCUGCCUCUGCUGCAGCGCUUCACCUCUCAGAUGCGAGUCUCCUUGUACCACACUCCGGACCUCAGAGGGCUGCUGAGGCUUCUGGUGCCGCAGCGCUUCAACGAGACCAUCGGAGUCCAGCACAUCAAAGUCUACCUGUUUGACGACAGCAUUAUCAUCAGCGGGGCCAACCUGAGCGACUCGUACUUCACCAACAGACAGGAUCGCUACGUGCUGCUGGAGAACUGCCGGGAGGUGGCCGACUUCUUCUCCGACCUGGUGGCGGCCGUGGGGGACGUCUCCCUGCAGCUUCAGCCCGACGACUCGGUCACCGUGCUGGAGGGGAUGGUGCACCCGUACAAAGGCAACCGGCAGGACUUCUCGGCGUCGGCGAGGGAGCGCAUCAUGGAGGUGGUGAACACGGCACACGUGAGGCAGCGGCUGGAGGACUCUGAGGACGAAGGCCUGAGCGAGGGGGAGGAGGACACCUGGGUGUUUCCUCUGGUGCAGAUGAAACCUCUGGGCAUCCAGAUGGACGAGCAGGUCACAAAGCGGCUGCUGACAGACGCCGGGCCCGACUCCACUGUGUUUCUAACAUCGGGUUACUUUAAUCUGACCCGGGCCUACAUGAGUCUGGUCCUCGGGGCCGGAGCCAGCUACCGGAUCCUCACCGCCUCCCCGGAGGUCAACGGGUUCUUCGGGGCCAAAGGCGUCGCCGGAGCCAUUCCUGCGGCGUACAUCCACAUCGCCAGGCAGUUCUACAACCAGGUGUGCCGGCUGGGCCAGCAGGAGAGAGUCCACCUGCACGAGUACCACAGACCACAGUGGACCUUCCACGCCAAAGGUCUGUGGUAUUACCUCCAGGGGCAGGACCGGCCUUGCCUCACUCUAAUUGGCUCCCCUAAUUUCGGUUACCGCUCCGUUCACCGUGACCUGGAGGCCCAGAUCGCCAUAGUAACGGAGAACGAGGAACUGCAGAGCCAGCUGCAGGAGGAGCAGGAGACGUUGUACCAGCGAUCCACAGAAGUGUCCGGUUCCACGUUCGAGCGGCCCGACCGCCACGUCAAGCUGUGGGUGAAGCUGGUCACUCCGCUCAUCAAGAACUUCUUCUGAGAUGCCGUCAGGAGGCUGGAGGUUUUCUUCAUGAUCGGCUGAUGCAGCAGAAGCAGCCGGACGUGUUGGAGUUUCAUCAUCAUCUCACUGGGAGUCGACGUCUUCACCGUCGCCUUGGGUUAAAAAAAAAAAAAAACAACCUCAAGAGACUGGGAGACGCACGGGAGCAGCAGUUUGUGGUGGAUUCUGGAGGUAAAUCCUCGUCUUUAUCACUCCUCGUUCCUACGUUAACGCCAGACGUCGUCACGCGGUGGAUUUCUGGUUCUACAAACAUUUCACCUCCAGAGGUGCUGCAUGCAGUGAAAACAAACGGAGAUUGAACGUCUGUGAUGGUGAACAGACGGGUGUGGUGACGAGCCGCAAACCCUGAAGAGCCUUAAUGACCGUUUUUAGGAGCUCUUACCGUGUUUACAGCUAAGUUAAGUGUACAGUCUAUGUGUUAUUAUCUUUGUAAAUUAAAGGACCAUGUGGUGUGUUUUUAACUGA